GCGCAGCCAGCGGCGGCACGACUCGCUUGGCUCGCUUGCCGCCACCAUAAACUAUUGGCUACGUACACGAGUUACCUCUCGACGAUGAAUUUUUUCGCAAAAACGUAGCGAUAUCGAACUGUUUCACAAACCGUAGCAUUUCUAGUGUAUGCUUAAGGAUUUAAACUUGAAGGUGGCAUUUUUAGACAGCGCCUGAUCUUAUGGAGUUCGAGGACUAUGAAUGUCUACCGACGACCAAUGUGGUUACCCACAUGCUUGCGGGUGCCGCGGCUGGAAUCAUGGAACAUUGUGUUAUGUAUCCUUUGGAUUCUGUCAAGACUAGAAUGCAAAGCCUGCGACCCAGUCCAGGUGGCAGGUACACCUCCAUCCCUGAUGCUUUCUACAAAAUGGUCCGGCAUGAAGGUGCACUCCGACCCGUUCGAGGCAUGAGUGCAGUGGUCGUUGGUGCUGGCCCGGCCCAUGCUCUGUACUUCUCCUGCUAUGAAAAGCUCAAGCGAACCAUCAGUGGCACGGAACAUGGAACAAACAGUCCAAUUUCUCAAGGUCUUGCAGGCUGCUUGGCCACAGUGAUGCAUGACAGCAUAAUGAACCCAGCUGAAGUGGUGAAGCAGCGAAUGCAGAUGUACAACAGCCAGUUCAAGCGGUGCACAGAGUGCUUUCUGCAUGUAUGGCAGCACGAAGGAGCACGUGCCUUCUAUCGGAGCUAUACAACCCAGCUGUCCAUGAACAUUCCGUUCCAGUGUGUCCACUUUGUCACCUAUGAGUUCAUGCAGGUGGUAACCAACAAACGACGCACCUACAACCCAAUGGCGCACAUGGUGUCUGGUGGUGUGGCUGGUGCAUUUGCUGCAGCUGUCACCACACCGCUGGAUGUGUGCAAGACGUUGCUAAACACACAAGAGACCUCACUUCUAAAAACCACUCAUCAGUCUCAAAUCAGCGGCCUCAUCAAUGCAGCAACAACAAUCUACAGCUGUUGUGGUAUCAAGGGAUACUUUCGGGGAAUGCACGCUCGAGUAUUGUUCCAGAUGCCUGGUACAGCAAUUUCCUGGUCUGUGUACGAGUUCUUCAAAGCCAACUUGAACAGGCGUACUCCUAGAGAAAGUGAAUUUGGCUCUGCAACCAGUAUAGACACUGCUGUUGCUAGUGUGUCCAUAGGUCGGUCAGGCACCAUCUAGAAACCAACUGACUCAUGAACGUGGAGCUGCCUGCAGUCAAUUGGCUGCUAGCAUUACAAUUCGUGACCACAGCUGUGCCUCGCCUGGAAGAGCUAGUCACACGGCCGCAAGCCUUGGGCAGAAGUGUCCGAUCCUGCCACAGGAGUGGUGCUCAUCUCAUUCUAGCCGAGAUGAGCUUGAAGCAAGCAAGCUUUGAAGAUGAACAAGCUCAAAGCCUUCGUCUUUCAAAACAAGAAUGAGACUGCUUGGAUGGAGCAGUUAAGCCGCGGUGUGGUGCGUGGCUUUUGACAAGACACUUGGCCACGGUAUGGCCUUCAGAGGCUGUUGUGCUGCUUAAUAUUCAUCCCUAUUAGGUUAUUUGAAGUAUCAAAAGGGCAAAAGAGAAGUCGUCACAGUAGCUAAGCCUCCCUGGAGUGGAGCAGCUGUAAGUGAGACAUGUUAUGUACAGACGUUGAAAUUAUGAAAACAGUAAUAAAGUAAAUUCAGUAGUUAAGUUUUUAAAAGAACCAUACUGUCUGUUUUGCUGCAAGUUUAGUGUCUGGGAGCUGAAUUGCUGUGCAUGUCGCUGAUGAAGGCAUUGUUCAAGCAACACUAAUGCUUGUGAUAUUUGUAAUUAUCUUUUACUUAGGAAGAAAAUAGACAUGAGAAGGUGAUGUAAAUGGUGCCACAUGUACAUAUCAAUAAAUGCUUCCAGUAGUGUGUU